AUGCAGAUACUUGCCGCUGUCGUGAGCCUCGCUCUGCUCCUCGAGCAGGGCUUUGCAAGUCCUGAGCCUCAAAGUCCAGCUGGCUAUGGCUAUGGCAAGAAGCCGUCGUGUCCGGCUGAUAAGUGCUUCUCCAAGAUUCGUUUGAAUAAGCCCGUGGCGAAAAUCGCGUCUUCUGUCUGUAGCAAGUACAUCAAGUACACGGCUACAGUCACCAAAACCACCACAACUUCCUCUACUACUACGAUCACGACCACGACCAAGGUGGUCCAGAGACCAACGCAGCCUACCAUCACAUCUACCACUACUGUCACUUCCACCCCACCAGCAGUAACAGUAACGAAUCCAUUCACUUGUGCCACUACAACUAAGACUGUGGAAGAACCUUUCCCAACCUUUGUGAACUACGUUUCGCGAGGAGCUGAGCCUGACCUCAAAAAGAGAGCUGUACCCACCGUGAACGUUCCUUCUGUCCUUGGAGCGGGAUGCGGCAGCGGCAAACCAUUCACCUCGAAGAUCAGCAGUGCAUGCUCUUGCUUGCUUGGAGCGACAAAGACACGAACUUCCACUGCCACGAGCACUGUCUCUGUGACUACCACCAUCACCUCGACCAGUACUGUCCCCGUAGGAACAACAACAACCACUACCACUGUCACGGACCCCAUACCAACCUCGACUGACUGCCAAACCACCACGGUCACCACCACCACCUACACAGGAGCCUUCAGUUGCGGUGGCCCUAUCUCCUCCACCUACACAACGGAAAUAACCCGCACAUGCACGAACGUCGCACCCCCCGGACAGACAAACGCAGACUUCCGUAUCGAAGGCGGUUCCGAAGGCACCAUCUUUGACGACUGCAUCGUUUCCGGACCUCGCAAUGUCACCACCCCUUCGGGUGGAACACACAAGUGCGACGGAACAAACAACAACGCCAACCCAGCACCAGGAAGCACCCUCACCACCAAUGCUGUUGAAGACUUCUCCAUCUUUAGAAUAUCCGCGACAACAGAGACUGGAACCCAGUCCUGGCGUAUAUUGAGGAACCGGUUCCUCCGCGAUGAAACUGGUGGUUGCCGAUUACCAAGUUUCAAUGACGACGACAACCUCUGGGCAUUUGACGCUUUCGCGCCGAAUGUUGGCGCCCUCAGGGUCUUCCCGUCAAUCGCGGUCGUGAGACCAGGAGAGACAAUCACUGUGGGUGUCACGUCGCGAAACUCGAGAAAUGGCAUCGACACCGCAGCGCAAGGUGCCACGUUGGGCACUGGAUCUACAACCGAUGCCAACGGCAACCUGCAGCUCACUGCCCCGACAACGCCAGGCUGCUAUCAGUACAAAGCCGAACGGAACAACUCCAUCCGCUCGAAUGCCUUGUACUUGACCGUUCUGGAUGGGUUGUGA